ACAUCGUUUAUCAUGAAGCAGACAGAGGCCGGGUGUUAAGUGCUGAACACAACAACGUGACACCGAUGCUAACAGCCCCGUCCCGCACUCAGAAAGAAUAGGAACAAGUGUCAUUUCCGGAACGUGUAGCUGUUGUUUUUAGCUUAGUCUUAGUCACUUGACUCUCUGACAAAGACUUUACAAGCUUGAGUGAGUCAUAAGCAUUUGAUUGGUCUUUGACUACAGACAGGACUGUGGGAAAGUGAUUAUAUGGUGUUAAUACUGUAUGUGGCCUAAUCGUUACUGGAUUGAUCCAUGUGUGGACUGUACAUUUUCAUUGUGCAUUGACUCCUUUGAAGCCUUCGCUCACUGUGCUUCUCUGUUUCUAAUGUUUUUCAUAAACGCUGUUAUUGAUUGCCUCCUGUGGGCGACUUUCCAAAACCACCACGCUGAAAAAGCCUUUAAUAACAGGAGGCAGAGACCCAGACUUCAUGCUACUGCUCCUCGCCCCCCUUUUCCCAGCACGCUGAUGAGCUCACUGAUGCAGACCGCCGGCCCACGCCGUCAGUUCGGGUCCAGAGCCCGGCAGACGAUAACGCGGCACCCAGCGACGUCAAACCAGUCGCCGCAUGUUUUUUCACCACCGUUUGGGAAAUGCUCUCGCUAAGCUGAGAACUGAGUCAGAUUCCACAGUGUUGAUGAAUUCCACACAUAGCGUGUUAGCUCGGCUGCAGCUCACCAAAAGCCACAAAAACUCGCUGUUGGCAUUUUGGAACGAAUCUGAGCUCUCACAAGGCCGAAGGACUUUGCCAGCGAACACGAGUCGAAAUUAAACUCAGUUUGAUGUGCCAGGAUGAAAUAGUUCAUUCACUGUCGUUUGAGGAUCUGACUGUUAUUAAGUAGAUGAAUAAUAAUAACAACGUAUGAAGAUAUGACUUAAUUCUUGACAUGCUUCACAUGGUCACAUCCCCUCACUGCGGGACACGGAACACUUCUGUACAGGUUCAGCCACUUUUCUUAAAGAACCUUUUGCUGAGGAUACGUCUAACGUUUCCGUUUGGGUCGUGACGAGCGUGUGGAGGCACCCAAACGUAAGCCUCAGUGAACGUCUGUUUUGCAACGCGUUUCUGCGUCGGCCGCUCUGGGCGACACCGAGCCCACGCUGGACCACAGGGAGCGCAGCUGCAGUCAGCUGACUGUUUACAGGCAUGAGCCAGGGACACAACGGGUGCAGAUCAGGCAAGCGUGUGCACGCUCGGCCAAAAGUGAACGUGUGACGGAGCGGCGUCUGGCGGAGACGAGGGACCGCGCCAGCUUAGCGUGUCUGUAGCGCCGCCGAAAUGUUUGAGAAAGCGCAAAGUGGGAGGUGAGGCUCCGCAGAGAGCAGUUUUCCAGGGAUAUCACAGCUCUGGCAUAUUCCCAGGAUGCAUACCUCAAAGGAAAUGAGGCAUACAGCGGAAAUGCCCAGAACAUCCCAGAGCCCCCUCCCAUAUGCUAUCCUCGGAUAGAAGUUAAAGCUGUGGGCAUGGCCCAGUCAUCAGAGAUUACAGCAGUCGGAGAGACCCCAAAAGGGCCAUGUCAGGGAUCAGCAAGACGAGGGGGGGGCAAUGAAAACAGUUACCGAUUGGAAAUCCCUGUUCCACCAGCUCCUACUCAACAGAAACCUCAGACAGUGGUGUGUGUCUGUAACGAGAGCGGGAGGACAGCGGCAAUGCCUCCUGAUCCAGCUGACAGGGGGUCACGGGUGAUAUGGACGGGAUCCAGCCACAGAACAGAAGACAACCAGUAUGGUCCUCCAGCAGAUUCCAGCUCUGCCAGACUCAGACCACACAUUUCCUCAGUACCUGGCAGUGCACAGCUGCAACACUCCCCCUCCCGCCCCACGGAAACCCCACUCUACCCCAAUUCUUCUAGUUCUAAACUCAGUGUGAUCUGCCCUGACACCCUAUCCGUAUCAUUACGGGCCCCUGCCUCACCAGACACGCUCUCACCGAAAGCCAACCACUGUUCACCAUCAUCCAAAGUCCCUUCCACUUCCCCACACCAGAACAUUGACUGGAGAAACUACACCACCUACAAGGACUAUAUUGAUGCCAAGAGGCUGCACACAUACGGCUGUCGCACCAUCCAAGAACGCUUGGACAGCUUGCGGGCAGCUGCUAAUUCCAGUUCUGCUUAUGCCCAGCAAAGCACACAAACGUCUUCUAGCACAAAACAAAGUGGAGCACUGGCUUCCCAGGUCAGACGGAGGAGCAUGUCUAAUGACAGAGGGGUAGAUGGAAGUAAUCAGGGUACUGCAGUGACAAUUCCAUUGCGUAGUGCCUCCCAAGAGAGGCUUGGAGCUGGAGCAGAGAGGAUGGUGACAACCAGGAACUGGCCUAGGAGUGCUUCCCAAGAUGCACUGCCGCUGUCCCCCCCUAUAGGGGCCACCAAACCAAGGGCGCGUUCUUGUGACUAUCUGGGCCAGCAGCUUGGAGAGCCAAGUUUGGCUGUCUGUGGAGAAAAGGCUGGGUUGGAUGAGAGGUCGCUGCUGUGCCGGGGUGAGGACGCUAGAGCUCACCGGCAGGGGGCGGGUCCCAGGGUGCUACCUCAUCCAAACAGGAGUCUCCCUGGACAGGAGAACGAAGGGCGAUUAUCAAACUCAUCUUUAGCUGCCUCUGUGUUUACUAAAGGUCUGACGGAUUCUGUGCUACCAUCAAGGACAGAUGGUCUCAUAAUGAGACCUUCACGUCUGCCUGUGAAAAACUCCAUUUCAGACCCUUCAUCUGUCUUGUCCUCCACAAAAGACCAAAGAGCUGCCAUCAUUGGCAACCAUCUGGGCUACCCUUCUCCUCUGCGCCUGCAUCUCAGGGACAGGGCAGACAGUCUGAAAAUGGAGAGCAGGUGGGACUCCGGGUUACCAGCAAGGUCCUCCUCCUGCUCUGGUCCCUCGUCCAAGCUCCCCAUACAGAAACAACUGCAAGGUAGAAAUGUCCCUGCUUCUUCUGCGUCCUCCACCACUAAUGGAGCCGUGAUCCAAAAGCUAAAGGUCAAAGAAACCUCCGCCUCCAUCGGUGCCCUUGUACGGACUAACGACAGCUUUAUUGAGGGCGUGGAAGGACCAGAUGCAACAGUUGUGGUUCUGAGAAAGGACAAACACUCUGCAGCCCCUCGCAUUCGGCCACCCUCUUACGUAUUCGCCGUUAAUGACAACCAGAAAGCAGGGAUUCAUAAGUCACCACCACUGGUGAAGGCAGGCUCUGCAGAUGGAGCCAUGUGCUGGAUGUCUCAUGACAGCUGCAGGGAGAUGCGUUUAAGGAGAAUGGGAGAAACAAGGCAAAGGUCUGACUCCAAUAACCUGAAUGACUCUCUGGAUUCUAUCCCCUUCAUAGAUGAACCAUCUAGUCCCAGCAUUGAGCAGGACAGCACACACAUUCCUGCCUCUGCUGUGAUAUCUGCAGCCCCUGUCAUCACCACUAUCCCACCUAGCCCCACGUCUCCGUCACCUCUUAUUCGACGCCAACUGUCACACGACCAAGAUUCGCUCCGUCUCACAAUUGUUGAGUCGGACUCUGUUACAAAAUCUGAGCGGUCCAGGUCAUGUGAUGAAGGUCUGGAUAACUACCGGGCAGAAAGCAGAGGGAGGUCUUUGAUACCUGGACUGAAAGGUCUUAAAAAGGCUGUGGACAGGUCAUCAGAGGAUUCGGGUUCCAGGAGAGAUUCGUCAUCCGACAUCUUCUGUGACGCCACCAAGGAGGGUUUGCUGCAUUUCAAGCAGCUCAGCACAGACAAGGGCAAGCGUGUUGGAGGAGGAACGCGCCAGUGGAAACCGAUUUUUGCCGUUUUACGAGGAAACUUUCUCUGCCUAUAUAAAGACAAGAAGGAGGGCCAUGCUCACGUAAACUGCCAGGCUGUGGAAGAGCCGCUGCCAAUUAGCAUCAAAGCCUGUUUGAUCGACAUCUCCUACAGCGACACCAAGAGGAAGAACGUUCUGCGGCUGACGACGUCGGACUGCGAGUACCUGUUCCAGGCGGAGGACCGGGAGGACAUGCUGGAGUGGAUUAGAGUCAUCCAGGACAACAGCAACCUGGACGAGGAGAAUGCAGCCUUUACCAGCCAUGACCUCAUCAGCAGGAAGAUCAAGGAGUACAACACCUUGAUGAGUCCAACUUCCAGCAAGACAGAGCCCUCGCCCAAACCCUCACGCCAGUCGCUGAGGCAGACACUGCUGGGAGGGAAGGCAGAGACCAAAGCAACGAGUCCGCACUCACCUAAAGCUGAGCAGGAGAAGAAGAACAUGCACAAAGAUGAUACCAGCCCUCCCAAGGACAAAGGCACGUGGAGGAAGGGGAUCCCGGGGUUGAUGAGGAAACCUUUUGAGAAGAAGCCAUCUCCUGGAAUCACGUUUGGCGUGAGACUGGAUGACUGUCCUCCUGCACAAACCAACAAGUUCGUGCCUCUGAUUGUGGAGGUCUGCUGUAAGCUGGUGGAGGAGAGGGGACUGGAGUACACAGGCAUCUACAGAGUCCCAGGCAACAACGCUGCCAUCUCAAACAUGCAGGAGGAGCUCAACAACAAGGGCAUGAGCGAUAUCGAUAUCCAGGAUGAUAAAUGGAGGGACCUCAACGUGAUCAGCAGUUUGCUUAAGUCCUUCUUCCGUAAGCUUCCAGAGCCGUUAUUCACUAAUGAUAGGUACACAGACUUCAUAGACGCCAACAGAAUAGAGGACCCAGUGGACAGACUCAAAGUGCUUAAAAGACUGCUUCAUGAGUUGCCAGAUCAUCACUAUGAAACCCUCAAGUUCCUCUCAGCUCAUCUGAAAACUGUGGCUGAAAACUCAGAGAAAAACAAGAUGGAACCGAGGAACCUUGCUAUCGUGUUUGGUCCCACUCUGGUUCGCACCACUGAGGACAACAUGACCCAUAUGGUGACGCACAUGCCGGACCAGUACAAGAUCGUGGAGACUCUUAUUCAGAAUUACGACUGGUUUUUCACUGAAGAUGGAAACGGAGAGCCAGUGACCGUGUCUCAGGAGGAGAGCGCAGUGGAGUCUCAGCCGGUGCCAAACAUCGACCACCUCCUCACCAACAUCGGCCGCACGGGCACGUCGCAGGGUGAAGUAUCAGAUUCACCGACUAGUGACUCUGCUAGAUCCAAGGGUUCCUGGGGUUCAGGGAAGGACCAGUGCAGCCGAGAACUCCUGGUCUCAUCCAUCUUUGCUGCAGCCAGUCGCAAAAGAAAGAAAUCAAAGGAGAAGCCGCAGCCUAGCAGCUCAGACGACGACUUGGAUUCUGUGUUCCCAAAGAAGGAAAUCCCUGGUCAGAAGCCAAACCACCACAAUCUCCACGUCGAGGCUCCUAGCGAGACUCGUCCCAGCCCCAACAUGAGGCACCAAGUGCGAGCCGAUGAGAGGAAGGAGAACGGGAGAGCUGUGGACCUGACGCCCAAAGCCAAGAGAGAGCAUAGAAACUCUUUAUUCCUGAAGGACAAGUCGACCUCCAGACAUCCCUCACCUUGCCCCUCUCCAUCCCCGAACGUCUGUGGCUCUCCUAACUUCAGCUACCAAACUGCUCCUAAGGGGAAGUCCUCCCUGUCGGAUCCUCCAUCACAGCUGGAUGAAAACGCCUCCGACCUCGGGACCAUGAGCUCUGGAGCCUCAGUGCCACGCUCACGACCUAAAAAGUGGACUGCGGGUGCGUCCUGUGACCUUCCGGCAGGUACGUGUAUUGUACUGGGAUCAGGUGCCGGAGCAUCAGCCGGUGCAGAGGUGAGCUCCAUCACCUCCGACUAUUCCACCACUUCAUCCAUCACGUUCCUAACUGGAGUGGAGUCCAGCGCGCUCAGCCCGGAGCUGCAGGGUGGGGAGGAGGCGGACGACGAGCGCAGUGAGCUCAUCAGCGAGGGGCGACCCAUGGAGACCGACAGCGAAAGCGACUUCCCGGUGUUUGCUCCAGGAGGUGGCAGCAGCCAGUCGACACCCUGCCCGGAGCAGAGCAAGGCCAAGACGGAAGCAAGAGGUGGUGCAGCUGAGGGGAGCACCACACCGAAACUGGAGGCGCGGCGCCUUUUUCCAUCACACAGGAUGAUCGAGUGUGACACCCUCUCCAGGCGGUGGUCUCUGAGACAGAAAACGGACAGCGACUCCUCGGUGGACGGAGUGGCCGGGAGCGGAGAGCGCAGCGAGGGCAGGGCGGAGGGCUCCACUCGGCUGGCUCGCGUUCUGGAGGUGAUGAAGAAAGGGCGGUCGACGAGCAGCCUCAGCUCGUCGUCACGCAGCGAGUCGGAGCGCUCCGAGCCGGCCUGGCACCUUAAGAUCAGCGAGAGGCUCAAGUUCAGGCUGCGCACGUCGGCUGAUGACAUGUUCACCCAGAGGAACCGAGGCGCGGACGUGAGUGGGAAGAAGAAAAGCAUCCGGCGGAGGCACACCAUGGGCGGGCAGAGGGACUUUGCAGAGCUGGCGGUCAUUAAUGACUGGAGGGAGCAGGGGGGGGUGGACCAGGCGGCUGAACUGUCAGCUCUGGACCGGCUCAAGCCCAGGUGCUCCUCUCAGGACUUCUCCAUCCGAGACUGGAUAACCAGGGAACGACGCCAAGGCUCCGAGCCCAGCGUGGAAGUCGCGCCCAAAGCAGUCCCUGAGGACGACCACGCGGAGGCUCAGGAGGCCGCUCCGGUGGGACCUUGUCCUCCGCCUGCACAGACACUGACAGAGGAGCACGUCAGCAGCAGCGAGCUGCAAAGCAAAAGCAAGGCAGCACUGGGAGCAGACGCUCACCCACACAAACUCUCUGGAGUGCAAGUGGUUCGCUCGCGGUUCUACCAAUAUCUGUGAGUGUGCGUGGAAAAGAAAACUGAAUGAAAGUGUGAACGUAUGAAUGUGUUUGUUUUAGCGAAGGUUACUGCACAAUAUUUUUUCAACAAAGAGUACUUUAUGUAUCUAGUGUACAUACUGUGUAUAGGCUUACAUACCUAUGUGAUUGUUACUGGAAUUCCGCUGAAGAGAGUUGUGUGUGUUUUUCACUGACUCACUGAACUGGAGCAGACAUGGAAACAACACAAACUUCCUCCUGCGAGAUCAACCCUUACUACAGCGAGAAUGUGACUGCUGUUGAGAAGACAGAAACGGACUCGUAUGAUCAUUACACAGCACUAAUGACUAUUACUGAAGGAAACGGGAGGAACCCUUGUUAGUAGUUCUUCCUGUUGUAUAUGGUAUAAAGAAUGUAUUACACGCGCCUCUUGGAUGAAUUGCUUGUGACAAUAUUGUCAUUUUCAAAACAAUAUGUAUUUGUUUUGUUUUGCCUGUACUUGAAGUAUAUGGAUAUAAGUGAAGGCUGCUUUCUGAGCUGGGUGCUGUGGGAAGUUUGGUUUUCACAGUGCAGCAACACCAGCCAGAUAUUAGCUUGACUGGAGGAUUCUUAGAGUUUAGUUAAGUCCAGACUGAAACUGUGGAUUGCUGAUACUAUAGUAUGUAAUGCUUGGUACAGUAGUUUCCUUUGCUUAUUACUUUGUCCAGUUAUUGAAAAGUAAGUAAAAAGUAAGUUUUUACAUAUGUUUUUAUCUGAAAAAGAGAAAGUGCCUAUUUUUUUUAUGUUUUUACCAACAUUUGUCAAAAGGAAUUUAAUAAACGUUUAGGACAGAAGAUUUCACAGGCAUUCCUGGUUAGUUCUAUUUAUAGCAGCAGCACAGCAUUAAAAUUUACGUCCAUGUCUAUUGUGUCAGUUGAGUUUUCUUCCUGGCUCUGCUCUGAUGCAGCAGAGCCUAAACGUGGGAGAAAAGAAAAACCUUUGAAACUGCAUGAGGCAAUUUAUUUUCCCACAAACAGUGAACGUCUCGCCUUUAUACAGCAGAACAUGGCCACCGUGCUGUCCCUCAGCAAACACUGGAAAUAAAUAAUCCUGUUAUUAAA